AUGUUCAAGUCAACACUUCUCCUGGCUCUAGCCACCGCCGCCACAGCAAGAAAAUGCCAAAACCUCAACAUCCCAAUCUCAAUCUCAGCCACCAACACCGCCUUCAACCUCCCCCCGCCAGCAACAGACAUCGAUGUCACCAACCUCCUCAUCAAUCUCGCCGUGGACGGCACCAACUUGUUCAAUAGCAUCGUAGUAGGACCCAAAAACGUCAGCGGCCAUUACACAAUCGGCGCCACCUACUGCCAGCCAGACCAUGGCCCAGGCAAAGCCCUCCAAAUCCUAACCCACGGCGCUGGCUUCGACCGCAGCUACUGGGACCUCUCCUUCAACAACUACAACUACAGCUACGUCGCCCGAGCCGUCGACGAGCAAGGCUACUCAACCUUCUCCUGGGACCGCCUCGGCGUCUCCGCCUCCUCCAAGGGCGACCCCGUCAACGAGAUCCAACAACCCCUCGAGGCUGCCGCUCUCGAGAAGCUCUCCAUGAGCCUCCGUGACGGCUCCGUCCACGGCAUCAACGCCAAGUUUGACAAGUUCAUCCACGUCGGCCACUCCUUCGGCUCCGCCCUCACCUACGGCUUCAUCCACGCAAACCCAGACUUCAGCGACGCCGCCAUCCUGACCGGCUUCAGCCAGAACCCAAACUUCGUCACUGGCUUCCUCCUGGGUGGCAACUACGGGCCUGUCAAAGACAAUGCCGUCUUGGCAGCCAAGUAUCCUUGCGGCUACAUUACGCCAAAGACCGCCACUGGAGUCCAGAUUGACUUCUUUGGCCCUGGCGAUUUCGACCCCAAGAUGCUGGCCAAUACUUUUGCCAUUGGCCAACCAAGUGCUAUUGGUGAAUUCCUGACACUUGGCUCUACCGGUGUCAAUGACUUCAAGGGCCACCUUUACAUCGUCACAGGAGACCGAGAUCUGCCCUUCUGCGGUGGCAGCUGCUACGACACCACAACCAUUCAGGGAGCCUUCCCCAACCUCCUUGAUGCCUCCAAGCCCAAUUUCCCCAGCGUCGCUAGCUUCAACACAACCGUUGUCCCUGGCGGUGGCCACGGCCUCAACAUGGGAUACUCUCACAAGUUUACAUACGAUUCUAUGUUCAACUUCCUUAGCUCUUACUAA